AAUAUGUAUCCAGACAAAUAAGUUGGUCUGCCCCUCUUCCAUCCAGUUCUCUUUAGUGUUUGCCAAUGUCGGAGGUGUAACUGGGGUCUGGCCCUGGACAAAGGAAUAGAGCAUGGCUCAAGUGAAAGUUCAGACCUCAGCAGCCCUGGCUGGUCCUGGCCCCGCCCCCGGAGCCCCGGCCGCGGCCAGCCCCGCAGCGCUCGGUCUGCACCCCGCCCUCAACGGCCCCCCCACCUCCGCCUGCCCCGCUCCUGCAGGCGGAUAUGGGGACGACCCUGUGUCUGCCACAUCGCCAGGCCCGCCCCAGGAGAACAUGGCAAACCCUAAAGAGAAAACUCCGAUGUGUUUGGUGAAUGAGUUAGCCCGUUUCAACCGGAUCCAACCGCAGUACAAGCUCCUCAACGAGAGAGGCCCCGCACACGCUAAGAUCUUCACGGUGCAGCUGACUCUGGGGGAUCAGCUGUGGGAGGCGGAGGGAACGAGCAUCAAGAAGUCUCAGCACUCCACAGCUGCUAAAGCUCUGGAGGAGAGCGUCCUGCCAAGGCCCGCACCCCGCUGCCCCAAAGUGGACAUCAACAGCAACCCAGGCAGUAUAACACCCACAGUGGAGCUGAACGGUCUGGCCAUGAAGAGAGGGGAGCCGGCCAUCUACCGCCCUCUGGACCCUAAACCUAUGCCCAACUACAGAGCCAACUACAACUUCAGAGGCAUGUUCAACCAAAGGUACCAUUACCCCGUCCCGAAGAUCUUCUACGUGCAGCUGUCAGUCGGGAGCAACGAGUUUAUCGGAGACGGUCGAACUCGCCAAGCAGCGAGACACAGCGCCGCCAUGAAGGCUCUGCAGGCGCUGAGGAACGAGCCCAUCCCAGAGAGACCCCCACAGAGCCCAGAGGAAAAGGAGGAGUCUGAGGAAGGAUCUGACGCCAGCAAAUCAGAGAUCAGCCUGGUGUAUGAAAUCGCCCUGAAGAGGAACCUGUCUGUCAACUUCGAGGUGUUGAAGGAGAGCGGCCCCCCGCACAUGAAGAGCUUUCUGACCCGUGUCAGCGUUGGGGAGUUUUCCGCAGAAGGAGAGGGAAACAGCAAGAAGCUCUCAAAGAAGCGCGCCGCUCUUUCCAUCCUGCAGGACCUGAAGAAGCUGCCCUUCAUCCCCAUCGUGGAGAAACCCAAGACGCACUACAAGAAACGCACCAAGACCAUCCUCAAGACGGGUCCAGAUUACGGGCAGGGCAUGAACCCCAUCAGCCGCCUGGCUCAGAUCCAGCAGGCCAAGAAGGAGAAGGAGCCGGAGUAUCUGCUGCUGUCCGAGAGAGGGAUGCCGCGCCGCCGGGAGUUCAUCAUGCAGGUGAAGGUGAACGGCGAGGUUGCCACGGGAACAGGACCCAACAAGAAGGUGGCCAAGAGGAACGCAGCGGAGGCCAUGCUCCUCCAGCUCGGAUACAAAGCCUCCACUGGACCUCAGAGCCCCACAGAGCUCGGAUGCAAAGCCUCCACUGGACCUCAGAGCCCCACAGAG